GCGGUGAACCUUUUAAAGGCUUUUUUCUUAUGCAAAAGCAGAUUACAGAAGCCCAAGAAGCUGUUAACCUAACCGUUAUUGUAAACUUUUCCAUUGCUGCAAAACUUGCAAAUAAGCAGUUACUGUGAGCUCUAAUCGCAUCCUGUUAUUGAAACUGGGUUAGGAUAUUUUUCUAUUGCAGGUGUUGCUUGGCUAAAAACAUGACUCCUUCCUUGAAACAGGUUUUGAACAGGAAAACAUAUAUUUUUUUAUAAUGGGGUCGGGAGUGGGGGUGUUCCAGGGACAAAGUGGGGUCCGGAGGGCAGGUCCUCACAUAAGUACAAUAUCAAAACUCAAAUACAUUUUAAGAAAUGAAAUUUAAGUAAACUUUAAAAGGUCACAACUUGGGUACCUUGGGUAAAAUGCUAUUUUGGUCCUAGAACACACAAAAACCUUCCCCCAUUCCCAAAAUUUCCGGAAGACUCUGGCGCAAACUCCCUUUUUGCGUCUCACAAGGCGUUCUGGAGGGUGUCACAUUGGAGAUCGGCCUCUUCCGGUCUGCCUGUCCAGCUCGGAGGUCAGACUAGUGCCACUUUCCUGAGCCUCUGAUCUGCUCUCCGGGUUUGAAUCUCCCGCGGACCUGGGACUCACUUCCGACCUCUGCACUCAUUCUGGACCCACCCGCGCCGCCCAAUCUAGUCCUUUCAUUGGUCAGCACGGCACGGUGCUUUACGGCUGUCGUGCUUCACGUAGGCCGUAAGCAUGGAGGCAAGCAUGGAGGCAGAAGAGUCGGAAAAGGAAGCCGCAGAGCAGGAGCCUCUGGAAGGGAGAGACCGGGAACCAGAGGCGGAGGAGGAGCAGGAGGAAUCCGAAGAGGCGGCUGAUGACGCUAAGAAGCGGGUGGUGCCAGGCAUUGUGUACCUGGGCCACAUCCCGCCCCGCUUUCGGCCUCUGCACGUCCGGAACCUUCUCAGCGCUUAUGGCGAGGUUGGGCGCGUCUUUUUCCAGCCGGAAGACGGUUUCGUGAGGCGCAAGAAGAAGGCAGCAGCCGCCUCGGCCACGGGAGGAAAAAAGCGGGCCAAGUACAGCAAGGACUACACCGAGGGCUGGGUGGAGUUCCGGGACAAGCGGGUAGCCAAGCGGGUGGCGGCCAGUCUGCACAGCACACCCAUGGGCGCCCGCAGGCGCAGCCCCUUCCGUUACGACCUGUGGAACCUCAAGUACCUGCACCGAUUCACCUGGUCCCACCUCAGUGAGCAUCUUGCUUUUGAGCGCCAGGUGCGCAGGCAGCGCCUGAGGGCCGAGGUUGCCCAGGCCAAGCGUGAAACUGACUUCUACCUUCGAAGUGUGGAGCGCGGGAAGCGCUUCCUUGCUGCUGACGGGGACGCCACCCGCCCGAAUGGCUCCUGGGCCUUUGCCCAGCGUCCUACAGAGCAGGAGCUGAGGGCCCGGAAGGCAGCUCGGCCAGGGGGUCGUGAACGGGCUCGCCUGGCCAACGCCCAGGACCAGGCGCGCUCCAACCGAGGGCUCCUUGCCAAGAUUUUUGGGGCCCCACCACCCGCAGAGAGCAUGGAGGGUCCCUUACUGGUCAGGGACCCUUGAGGCACAGGGAGGCCGCAGCCACCUCCUAGCCCAGCCCAGCGUUCUACCUGCUGACUACGACCCAGGCAGACAUUCUGCUGUAUUUCUCAGACCAGGAGUCUCUGGUGAGCGCCCAGGCAUAGUUUUGUGGGCCUCUCCCCCUCUCCAACCUGUGUGCUUGCCUGGCUGAAACACCUAAUUCAUACUAGCACGAUUCUGACUAUUGCAGGUGUCUGUUUUUUCUUGUUUCCUGGCUGCUUACCUCCUGCCCAUCAGGGCCUCUAAGAAUCGCACUUCCCAACCUCAAGAAGAGUCUUACAUGGAGUUAGUGUAAUGGUUAGUGCAGGCAGCUGUUUACCAACCACAGGGACCGGCAGCAGUGACAUCCUGUUACCAGAGACUAACAGGGAUGGUGGUUCAUGGGGCGGGACUGGCUUGGGAGCCACUUUCUAAAUGUAUUUAUAGAAAAGCAAAAAUAGGGCCGGCCGAGUGGCGCGAUGGUUAAGAAUUGGCUUUGGAUGCCAGAGGGCCCCGGUU